AUAAUGAGCGCGGCUGUUCAGCGCACGCCGAGCACCAGGCGUCAGCCUGCAUCUUACACCACCCCGACUGCGAACACUCCCGAACGAGACCGCGUGCACCGCUCCCAGUCCACAUCCCAACGCCCGGCUGCCCCUUCUUCUCCCCGCCGUUCAAUGUCCACAUCGCAGGCGCCACCGACUUCCGCGUCCCACACCCGUCAGCCCUCGGGCAACCUCGAAAAGGUCGCCCGCCAUGACUUUGAGCAGUCCAAUGUUGCGCGCCCCAGCAGCAACAGCACUUCGCAGCGGAGAAGCGACUCGCGCGACCCUCCCGUGAAUGGCAACGGCGCGCAUCCGCCGCGCGGGGACUCAAUGCGAGCUUCACAGAACCAUGCGCGCACUCAGUCGCGCUACAAUGACCAGCCCACUCCUGCUCCUAGCGGCACUGCGGGAGAGGGUCGGCCAAAUACCACAAACCUCAGGAGGCGGACUACCAUAGAUGCGCAGACUGGCCAUUGGGAAUUGGGCAAGACAGUGGGUGCAGGGAGCAUGGGCAAGGUGAAACUCGCCAGGAACAAGGAGACUGGCGAGCAGGUUGCUGUGAAGAUCGUGCCCAGGCUGAGCACCGACAGUGAGCACCGCACACAACAAGAACGAGAAAGGGCAGAUCACAGCAAGGAGGUUCGGACGGCGAGAGAAGCGGCCAUUGUUACCCUGGUCGAUCAUCCUUAUAUUUGCGGCAUGCGUGAUGUCGUACGGACCAACUACCACUGGUAUAUGCUAUUCGAAUAUGUCAAUGGAGGCCAGAUGCUGGAUUAUAUAAUUAGCCAUGGAAGGCUGAAGGAGAAACAAGCUCGAAAGUUUGGCCGCCAAAUUGCAAGCGCGCUGGACUACUGCCACCGGAACAGCAUCGUUCACCGAGACCUGAAGAUCGAGAACAUCCUUAUCAGUAAGACUGGAGACAUUAAGAUCAUUGAUUUCGGUCUUUCCAACCUCUUCAGCCCACGGAACACACUGAAGACAUUUUGCGGCAGCUUAUAUUUUGCCGCUCCCGAAUUGCUUCAGGCGAAGCAAUACACGGGUCCAGAAGUCGAUGUUUGGAGUUUUGGAAUUGUGUUAUAUGUUUUGGUUUGCGGCAAGGUGCCUUUUGACGAUCAGAGCAUGCCACAACUGCAUGCCAAGAUCAAGAAGGGCGUGGUGGAAUAUCCUCCGUGGCUGAGUCCUGAAUGCCGAGGGCUCAUUGCACGCAUGCUGACUACUAAUCCUAGCGAGCGUGCAACGCUACAGGAGAUCAUGACGCAUCCCUGGAUGACAAAAGGUUACAAUGGCCCGCCAGACAACUACUUGCCAUUGCGAAAGCCAAUUACACUGCCACUGGAUCAAGCAGUGGUCGAAAAGAUGACUGGAUUCGACUUUGGCGAUGCCGAAUAUAUCUCCACUCAACUCACUAAGGUCAUCGAGUCUGACGACUAUCAGCGAGCCAUUCGUCUUCAGGAAAGGCGGAGCCAAAUGCCACCUCAAGACACCGAUCAGAAACGAGGCGUGUUUGGCUUUUACAAGCGCAGGAGUAGCACUACUAGUAGAGACACUCUGAACACACCCUCGACUGAAGCGAUCCAAUUGGGCACCGACCCGAUCAACGCCUUCCAUCCUCUGAUCUCGGUCUAUUACCUGGCGAUGGAGAAACAGGAGCGUGAAGCAAGGGAGAAGAAUCCUGGUGCGCUUGCGCUGCCGACAUCACCCGGCGAGAAACCACUUGAGAUCCCCGGCUUAGCAGCUCCAGAGGCUGCUUAUACCAAUACGAAUGCCUACGAGAUGGCAGGCGAGAAACCCACAGGCGGUCGAUCACGGCCACGAGCACGCACGCACGGCGAGGAUGAAGUUACAAAUGACAUGCAGAAUCUCAAAGUCACGAACACUACCCAGUCCGGCAACCCGGUGAUCGUCGAACCUGAACAGAAACCUGCGCAUGGCCGCAAAGAAAGCGUGGCUGGCGGCUUACUGAGACGAUUCAGCAAGCGGGAUAAGAGCGAGAAACCAAGUCACCCUCCCUCAUCGCUUGAUAGAUACAACGCAGAGAGUCCGAGGAAGAGUUUUAGUAUGCGGCGAACCCGAGACUCAAGUCGAACAAGGGAAGAGACCAAAGACACGAGACCUGAGACAGCCGCGAGCAAACAGACCCAGCAAAGUGAGCUCCUAUCACCGCCAGUCACAGAUGCUACAAAUGUUCCCAGGAAGCGUUCUCAUGGACUUGGACGUUCUAUCAGUGUCAAUUCAAGCGACGUACGGAGACGCUUGACAAGGAGAGGCGUUUCUGAAGGUUCAUCAAUGCGGCCGCCACUUACAUCCGCAGGCAGUACUGAUCGAGCGCCACGGGUAUCAUUUGACCAAGGAAGCAGCAUUAAGGAAACAAUGUCGGAUGUGGAAGGACCAUCGAAGCCGGCCAAUACUUUCGCCAAUCGAGCACGAUCUAUGGGACACGCUCGCAAGGAGAGCAUGCAACUUCGACGUGCACGCCGCGAGCAAGCGCGGACAGAAGGCGUACCGGAAGAGACGGACCAAGAGAUGCUUGGCGAGCAAGAGACGAAAGACAGUGGCUCCGGAAGCCCUUCUGGUAUGAAGCCUGUCUACCUCAAAGGACUUUUCAGCGUCAGCACGACCAGCAGUAAACCACUCAAUGUCAUUCGAAACGAUAUCAUUCGUGUUCUGAAAGAGUCUGGCGUGGAGUAUCGGGAGAUUAAGGGUGGCUUCAGCUGCAAGCAUUCGCCAAGCAUUAUGACAAAACCUGGUCCUGAGGAGACAAUACCUUCGGGUGCUCAGCCUUUAGCACCGCCAGACCUGCAGCACAGACGGAAGAUUAGCUUCGGCGGGUUUCGAACAAAUCCUGACGAUCCAAAGACGCCAAAGCACAAGCCUUCCUUCAAUGGCUCCGGUGAGGAAUCUGAAGAAGAUCCGCCGACAAGCAAUCCUCGACAGAUCGAGAGGGCAGCUGGCGAAACGAGCACACAUGUCCAAUCUGACAUGGGAGGACAGAUGACGCUACGGUUCGAGAUCUUCAUCGUCAAAGUACCGCUGCUCAGCUUGCACGGCAUUCAGUUCAAGAAAGUCGAUGGAGGGACCUGGCAGUACAAGAACAUGGCGCAAAAGAUUUUGAACGAGCUUCGGCUUAGGCUUCCAGAUCUGAUGGGUAUUGCAGGGGACGCGACUAAGGAGCCUAUUAAGGAAGUGCCUCCUUACUAG